AUGGUUUCUUCUAACGAUGUUCACCGUCUGUUCCUGCAGGCAAUGCUGUCGCGACGGAUCAUGUCGCGUGCUCUAGCCAUGAAGAUAUGGGAGAAAUGCAUUGAUGCUGUGAAAGCCGCAAAUGAUACUCUCGAUAUCCCCUUUUCUGAUAACAGGAAUGCAUGGGACGCGUUCGUCACUCAGCUGAACCAAUCUCUCAAUCCACUUCAUCUUGAGCUGGAACAAAGGCACGAUGAGAUCUCGGGGAAAGAGAUGGUCGUCCUUGUCAACCGCAAAGGGGACGAAAUAGCCCAAAUGGCCACAGAGUACUCUCCUUUGGAGAUUGCCUUCUUUAAAGCUGUGGUCGAACAAAUCAUGCUUGCGCCGAACGAAUCAUACUCUAUCUCCUCUAUGGCUGCUUUACGAGAGGUCAGCUCAUUGAAGGGCAACAUGACUAAGACCCAGGCAGAAGUACUCUUGAGCAGUUUCGUGGCCAGGGGUUGGCUUGUCAAAAGCAGGUAA